AUGGCCUUUGUGUUCUCUCUACUGACGGCCCUGGUGGUGUUCAGCUAUGGCCCUGGGGCAUCUCUGGGCUGUGACCUGUCUCAGAACCACGUGCAUGUCGGCAGGAAGAACCUAGUGCUUCUACAUCAGAUGAGGAGACUCUCCCCUUCCUUCUGUCUGAAGGACAGAAAAGACUUCGGGUUCCCCCAGGAGAUGGUGGAAGGCAGCCAGCUGCAGAAGACCCAGGCCAUCUCUGUCCUCCAUGAGAUGCUCCAGCAGACCUUCCUCCUCCUCCACACGGAGCGCUCCUCUGCUGCCUGGGACUCCACCCUCCUGGACAAGCUCUGCUCUGGACUCCAUCAGCAGCUGGAAGACCUGGACCCCUGCUUGGUGCAGGAGAUGGAAGAGCAGACAUCUGCCCUGGGAAUGGCUGUGAAGAGGUACUUUGAGGGAAUCCAUCUUUACCUGAAAGAGAAGAUAUACAGCGACUGUGCCUGGGAGACUGUCAGAGUGGAAAUCACAAGACCCUUGUCUUUAUCCACCUACUUACAAGAAAGGCUGCAAAUUGCUAAUGUAGACCUGGGGUCAUCCUGA